AUGGCAGACAGCCAGUCAAGUGUUCCACCGAUAUUGCAAGAGGCGACCAUGCCAGAGAUGGGUUCUGCCGCGAUCCACGAAGAUGAGGCUGGCUCCAAUGGCUCUUAUGUACUCCCCGAGGUGUUCCCCGACUUUGCUCAGUCUGCGCCGUGCUCUGGCCCAGACAUGCUCUCUCUUCUGGACUGGAAUUAUCCCGACAACCUCGAUGAUUUCGACAUGACCUGUUGGCCGAGUACUGGAUGGUUUCCACCAACCGAGCCGCCAAAUUUUCAUUUCGACGGCCUAUCUCCUUUGGGCAGGUCUCUUUCCCAAACACAGCCGCUCGAAGCCAGCGCGUCUUCGAAGGACGACCCUUUACACAAGCAUCUACGAAUUCCAGGAGGUUCUCGAAACGCGGAUGAGGAGGAGCAUUAUCCGAUGUUAUGGCCUGCGACCCAGCCGAAGCAUCUAACCCUACCGCGUCUUGGUCCUUCAAAGAGCUCGAACCCUCUUUCCAGCUAUAUUGGACUGCCUAGCAUCGGCUCCCGCGGUGCCUCCAUACUACAAGAUAUCUUGGAAGCUCCUUUUGAGCAAUCCAUCUGGCCAGCUGCCUCAAUUCCUUCGUUUCCCACACCCCAACAGCUCGAUCACUGUAUUGAUCUUUACUUUGCGCAUUUUGACAAGUGGGUUCCGAUAAUUCAUCAGCCAUCAUUCGACCCUGCCAAAGAACCGGUGCUUACACUCGUUCUGAUCAUGAUUGGAGCAUGCUACACAGACUUUGAAGGAGCAGCAGCAUUCUCAAUUGCUCUUUCAGAAUUUAUUCGAAGACUGCUGGUCUUUAUGGCUGAGCACGACCCUCGCUUCGUGAGAACCGAGUAUUAUAUCUCUGCGCAGCUGCUGAACUCCGUUUUUGGGUUUGCAAGUGGCAGCCAACGUCUAUAUGAGCUUGCCGAGUCAAGUCGUGGUGCUCUUGUCAACUAUGCUCGAUGCAUGGGAUUGUUCGAUCCACAUCAUACUGCGCAGAAAAGCAAAGAUCAUUCUGACACCCAAAGUCGAUGGGAGAGCUGGAUCUGUGCAGAACGGGCUUUAAGAAUGGGCUGGGCUAUCUUUGCUUACGACGCUGCUUCUGCCGGCAUGCGCAAUGCCCGGCCUUACAUUCUAUUGAAUGAACUCAAGCUGGACCUCCCCUGCCUUACUAAACACUGGAAGGCAGCAUCAAAACAGGCUUGGGCUGCCAUUCAUCCAUGGACAGAACAAUGCCCCCGAACAGACUCGUUUCAGAGUUGCAUCUCUCGUGUCGUCGAACACCCAGCCAGCGCUCAUUCCGUGUACGAUGACGAUUAUGUUCGCUUCAUCAUCUUAACAGUUUUGACGCGAAUGGUCUGGGACAACAAAGAAGCUACUACCCAUCAGGCAGCAAUGCACCUCAGCACAUAUGACGCCCUUCUCAAGGGAAGGGCCGAACUUCUCCAGAUUCUCGACGACUUUGCGUCGCCGAUAACCGGCUAUUAUCCCAGUGCUAUUGCCGAGCCUAGCAACGAGUAUACAGUCCAGCAUUGGCUACAGGUCGGUAUUGCUCAUGGGCUCGCCGAAGGUGUCGUUAUUUGUGACUUGUUCGGCAUCAUGCUUUGGCAGGACGACUCCCGUGCGAUUCCUGCACGGAAUCGGAUCUUGCGGUGGUGCAGGGAGAACCCAAGAAACCCCCGCGCUCUUCUCUAUACGUGCGCACAGGGGCUCAUGAUCACCAGAUUAUAUCCGUGCAAUCAUCCACAAGAAGCCUACAAUAUCUUCCACUGUGGGCUUAUUUGUUUCAUAUUGUCGACAUUACUGUUGGCAGAUUAUCAGGCGAAGGCUAUCAGCGAAAGUCCUGGUAGUCCAUUUCCUGUGUGCAAGCUUGACUGGCAAGGCGCUCCAGAUGGACCGGAAGUAAUCGCAAUUCGAGACUGGAUCGAGAAUGGCACGCCAUCACUGGUACGCAUGCAUGGAGUUCCGGAAGUAUUCUCUGAGCCGGGGCCGAGGCAAAUCUUACAGCAAACCGCGGAUGUGCUCAGCAAGGUGUCCGUUUGGGGCAUUAAGCACAUCCUUUUAAACGCCGUCCGGGGACUGUUGCACGAUUGA